GCGUCCUGCCUAUCCUGUCUAUGAAAUGUACAGUCGAGUGCCACGUGUUUCAGGUUGUGAGCCGUUUGCCGAGAGUGAGUAAAUCAGCCGAAGCAAAGUCGUAACCGUGCUGAUUUUUGUUUUCCUCUUACGGUAAUUCAUGAGACAACAGUGUGCGCGUCAGCGGAAGCUUUACCAUCGUUGAACGCUACCAUUUAUCCCUUAUGUUCAACAGUACACUUUUCUCAAAAGACAAUUGUAACUGGACACACUUGAAUUUGUUUUGACAUUUCACCAACAUUUGGAGACGUGCAGAUCCUGAGACUCCUUUGUAGUAACCAUGGCACGUGGAAACUGAAAUUAAAUAGAUUCUUGUGCAGUACAUUUAUUCACAAUACUAAAAUACUCUACGACGAGCCAUGUGUGAUCUUAUGCUUAAUUUGGACGUGUCUGUUGUUCCUGAGAACGGCAAAUCACGGAGUAGACAGCAUGCAAGGGACAUUCGCUUUAUGAAGGGGAAUAAAGCCCGUGAGAGGAGAGAUAACUUGCGCCACCAGAAGUUAGAGAUCCAACAAUUGGAUACAAUUCAACAUCUAGACAAGCAAAAUGUAAAAUUCAAGCCAGAGUCCCAGACGAAAUCGUAUUUGAAGAAAAGCCACAAAGAAAUAAAAGAUACACUCAAUGGAACGAUUAAACACAGUGGUGUGAAAUUGCAGAGGAAAAACGAGAAAACGAAAGGUCAUGCCUUUGACGCCUCUGUCCAUAACAACAUGUUAGACGAGUUUUCCAAUGGAGCUGCAAGGCCAGAGAAACAAGUCACCGUUACGGAAGAUGUGCCACAGACUUUUGCCAACAAGAAUCCAAGCAGGUAUUUCGGCCUCGACUGUGAAAUGGUGGGCACAGGGCCUGCUGGUGUUUGCAGUGAGCUGGCCCGAUGCAGCAUUGUCACCUAUUAUGGUGACGUUGUGUACGAUCGCUAUGUUCAACCAAGGAACCCUAUCACUGACUACCGCACGCGAUGGAGUGGCAUAACUGCUAAAGAUCUGUCCAAAGCCAUCCCAUUCCAUCGGGCCAAGAAGGAGAUUGUCCAGAUCCUCAAAGACAAGGUGGUGGUGGGUCACGCCCUGCAUAAUGAUUUCAAGGUGAUCGGUGUGACAGUACCUGAGUCUCUGCAGCGAGACACAUCACGCUCGAAGCUGCUGAGAAGCAUGGCAGGCCUCCCCACUCACCGCAUUACUUCCCUAAAGAUCCUCGCAAAGACCUUGCUCAAAGAAGACAUACAGAUGGGAACUAAUGGACAUUCCUCUGUGGAGGAUGCUUGGUCAGCCAUGCAGCUCUUCCGCUUGAUUCAGAUUGACUGGGAGAAGGAGCUUGAUGAGCAGGCACAAGAAAAACCCCAAUCAAUCAAAACACGAGUGGCUGCAUUGCCAACUCAAAAGGCUGCCAAUUGUAAAGUGGAAGGUAAAGUAACAUUCAAGCCAAAAGUCAAAAACAUGAUGGAAAAAAGCAGUGAAGAGCUAUUUAAAUGUUUAAAUUUAAUGCUGGGGAAAGAUAAUGAACAUGAAUGCAAGACUGGCAAAGAUCUGUAUGUUGCUGGAACAGAGAAAUGCAUCGCAAGGGAAGAAAAGGACAAACGCAUAAAAGAAUGUGAAAUGUUAGGAAAAACAGAUGAUAAAUCACUGGUAACUUUCAUCACCACAGGAAAGAAGAGGAAGCAUAAAUGCAAAGUGGUUGAGGAUCGUAAUAAAACAGCUAAUUUGAAGAAACCAUACAGUAAAAAAUCUGAUGGAUCCAAACACGUAGUUUUUGCAGAACUCGAGGCAAAAGAUGAGGCAGAACCAGCAAGAAAGAAAAAAAGAAAGUGCACAUCGUAAAAAACGCUACCAGGUGCAUUCCGAAGGGCACUUGUGCAAAUUCAACCGAAUGUACAAAUUGUACAAUUCUGAAAUGUGCAAAUGUGUGUGACUGGGCUCACGUGAAGAAGGGGAAUAUAGUCAAUGAAAACAUAAAAAAAGCAUUACACAGUGUAAUUGAGAAUAUGAAUACAAACUACCACAACCAAAACAGUGUGCUGAGAUGCAAAGUGAAAGGAUGAAAUUGCCAGUUGAACAAGUUGUCUGAGAUUUAAUCAAGAAACAUUGAAAAAUAGUAAAUCAAGACAAACAAUGGAAAGAAAGCAGCAGCAAGAACUAAUAUAAAAGCAAUCCGCCUGAGCCUGUUUCCGAUGAAUCGAGGUGAAAAGUGUCCCACUGCUCUGAACAAUGGGUGUUGCAUUCUUCUGCUUUUAAGGUCCCAAGACAUUGUUGGUCCACAUUCCAAAUCCUUAUGGAGAUGGCUAGUCUAUCCACAAAAUACGAUGUAUUUUAUUGACCAUGGAGGGGCAAUAGUCAACCGCCAACUGGCAUAAGCACAUAAUGUUUAAUAUGAGAAACUGGAAAUACAGUUGCAUAUAUACUUUAAAUCCAAUGUAACUUUUAUUGAGGACCAGAAGGGUGUGUUCAUAUUUCAAUGAGUGGUAUAUAAAUAUUUCAGUAUGAGCUUCAUUGUUUACUCUUAUUAUAUUUCACUUCUAAAUUAGAGAUAAAUAUGGUAUUGAUAUGAGUUUUACAUUAAAAAAAAAUGCUAUGGCAGGGUCACCACGGCUUUUGACACCAUGUACAGCUCUGGUCUAUGGGAUCUAGACCUAUGACAUUUUAUUGUUGUGUGUCCAAGUAAAUACUUUCACGCCUUGAUGGAUCUUAGUGUACUAUGCAAAAUUGUUGAACACUUUUCCAUUUGCGGGACACUGGGGUCGUCUGAAAACAAUAAACAAGUUCACUGUCGCAAGUUUCAUGUUAUUUUUUUAGCCGAUGGCAGAAGCUUGAUUGGGGGAGUUUAAGCUCAUAAUUUGGUCACGGGAAUGAUUUCCGAAUGCAAAAUAAAGUCGCGUCACGCAUUUCAUUCGUUGCAUAGCGUUAAAAGAUUUGGCGCCUCCAUAUAUUUGUCAAGUUUUUCAGUCGGUACGAGCUGUCGAGGUCUCGACUGAGAUGAUCCCAUUGACCCAGUCGUCGUGGGGUAGUCGUGCAUUUGCCUGUAUUGAAACUUUGGAACUCCUGCCUUGCGAUCUCCAAGACAAAUCUUGAUACAUUUGUACAGUUUUUACAAUAAUUACUUAUUAAGAAGAUUAUUAAGAUUAUUGUGUUAUAUUGAUGUCUAAAUUAGUACAUUGUAUUUAAUAUAUCGAUCAUGUGCCCAAAUAUUUGGUUUAUGCAAAGAAACGCUGUCGCAUAUUUAAAUGUCUUGACAAUAAAAAAUAUACAAGUCCA